AUGCAUUACCAGUUUAUCCAAAGAAGCUGAAAUGGCGGACGAUAGUCACGUGGAAAUAAAACUGUUUACAAAGCAGCUACAAUAUUCUGUACCAGAUUCAUCAGUUUCCUUACCUGAUAAGUUUGGAGAGGACGAAUUAAAUGAAUUAGUUAGAAAUUUACUUGAAGCUAAAAGUUCCGUCAACUUUGAUUUUUUAAUCAAUGGAGAAAUAUUUCGAUCAAAUUUAGCCACGGUUAUUCAAACCCGAGGUCUUUCUCGUGAAGGUGUAAUUGAAAUCGAGUACAUUGAAAGUACAGCUGCUCCAUCUCCAGAGGAUAGUUUACAACAUAAUGAUUGGGUAUCCUGUAUUAAUUGCCGAAAUAACUUGAUUGUUAGCGGUUGUUACGACAAUUCAGUCCAUGUUUGGGAUAUUGAUACAAAAAAACGAUUAUUCUCCUCUUCGAGACAUAUAGCUCCUGUUAAGAGUAUAAGUUGGAUAAACGACAAAUUGUUUGUUAGUGGUUCACAUGAUGAGACUGCUUUACUAUGGCGGAUAGAAGAUAAAACCCUAGCUUGUUUAGGCGUUUGUAAGGGACACGCUGCUAGCGUAGACACUGUUGACAGUAACCCAACUGGAGAUAAAUUUUGUUCAGGUUCGUGGGACAAUUUGCUCAAAAUUUGGUCAGCAGUUAAAGAAAUCGAAAGUACAAACGACGAAGAUGAUGAGCCUUCAAAAAAAAAGAAAGUAGAAAAUAAACUACCAACUAGGUUACCAAUGAUGACAUUAGCAGGACAUGCGGAAGGCAUUUCUCGUUGUACUUGGAACGAGGAUUCCCAAAUUAUCACUUCUUCAUGGGAUCAUAUGCUAAAGUUUUGGGAUCUUGAGAAAGCGUCCGAAAAAAGAAAUUUAAACUCAACGAAAGCCAUUUUUGAUUUUUCUAUAUCUAAAAUUAAUCAGUGGCAAAUAUUAACAGCAUCUGCCGAUAGACAUAUACGACUUUAUGAUAUAAGGGCAGAAGCAGAUGGUACUAAAGUUCAAAACUCUUAUUCUUCUCACACUGGUUGGGUAUCGUCAAUAUCAUGGUGCUCGAAUAAUGAAUAUCUUUUUGUUUCUGGCUCGUAUGAUAAUUUGAUAAAAAUGUGGGACAUGAGAAGCCCAAAACUAGAAUUGUUUAAUUUGGAAGGUCACGAAGAUAAAGUUUUGUGCGUUGAUUGGAAUGUUGAGACAACUAUUGCUAGUGGAUCAUCAGAUAAUACCCUAAAAAUAUUUUCUUAUAAUUCAAGGAAUGCUGAUGACUAA